CUUCACAAAACGUAUAGAGAUAAUGACACUGAGUCUAAGUCUCAAUAUUUCCACGUGUGGAUUGUUUAAAAGACUGAUUGAUAUUUUUCAGACUACAAACAAAUGAAUUAACAUUUGCAGGUAAUGUCUUGUCAAGACUGACAUGAGUUAAUGCGGCUGCGCUUUCUACCGCCAUUGUGAAAGUUUCAUUCGUUUUGUGGCGGUAAAUUUCUCAACAUUCGAAUGGUCGAUAUUUUCGAGCGUGCGUUUGAGAACUGAGGUGUCAUUCACACCAAUAAAACAACCUGUUGUAGUUCUUCAGUGAAAAGAAAAAAGGAUGCCGAGGAAAAAAUAUAAUAAAAUCUCCACCGUUAAACAUCAACUCUCUGAAGACAAUGCUUGGGAUACCAGUCUGAACUCUGAGGAUUGUACUGACAACAUCACGGAAGAUUAUUCAACUGAGGGUUUCAAAGAAUUCAAGUGUAAGGGUCCCAAAGAAUUCAAGUGUUUCAACACAUUCGACUACACUAUUUUAUUAAUUAUUGUCCUGUCUUUAUCUGUUUACUUUUUGACCUACAUAGAAAGCAUUUCAUGGCAACUCUCAUCUAUUGGAAGGAUUUUCUUGAUAAAAAUAUUACCUUAUUAUGAUUGGAGACCACUAAAAAAUAAACAGUGUCUUAUAGACGCAUUUUCAAAGGAAAACGAAUUGUUGGACGACAAUUUGAAUUGCGAUAUUUGUGAAAAUAUAAAACAUAUCGAGGUUUACGAAACGAUAGAUGAAGAUAUUUUGGACGAGCGCUACAUCAAACGUGAUAGGCCAGUAAUAUUAAGUAAAGGUUUGGAAAUGUGGCCUAAUGAUUCUAAAUUCAUUCAAGAACUGAGACUGAAUGAACAUUUUUCAUCUUCUUACCCCUGUGAGCUAUCUACCGAUAUUUUAAAAGAUUUAAGAACUAUAUAUCAGAUUAUUGAAAAUGUCGAUCAAUUUGAUGAAUUUUUUCUACACUUUCAAAAUUGUGACGUGGAUGCCAUGAAAAUUUUCAGAAGAUUCACUUUCAGGCCAGAAGCUUUACCGCCAGUAUAUUCUCCAGUCCUAUAUAAUUGGUUAAUAUGGAACAAAAAUUAUAAUACUUCCAACUACAAGAGAGUGGCGUUGGUUGAGAAGGUUGCGGUUUUUGGGCAGCUGUUUGGGUAUACUUACGUGUCACUAAUUCCUAGAAAAAACUGUGAAUUUGUAUGCCCACAACUUAACAUCAAACUAACUGGUAGAGAAAUGUUGAUUUUCAGUAGUUUGUGGGAUUUGGAAUAUCGCCCGUUUGAAAAGGGAGAAAAUAUGGCAGUCAUUCUGGAGACCAGCGAUUAAAAAUGUACCUUUAAGAGAUUUUGAUAGACUUUUUACUGCCAAUAGCUGUAGUGUUAAUAAACUGAGUUAAGCAUAAA